AUGGGUUCGGUGGCGAAAUCCACCGAGCCUUUUCACACGGCGGUCCUGGUUGCUGUGGUUUCCAAGGACGCUGGGCGCGUGGUGUCACCGCAGGUGGUGCGCAACCGCCUCAACGCAGUCGGCCUUGACGGCCGCUCUGCUAGGAAGAAACCUUACCUCUCCAAGAAACACCGCAAGCAGUGUCUCGUCUAUACAAAGAGGCUGGCUCAUCUGGAGAAGGACGACUGGGCGAAUGUCCUCUUUACAGACGAGGCACCGGUGGAGCUGCACGAUACCAGCGGUCGUGUGUCGGUGUGGCGCCGGACACACGAAGCCUUCUAUGAGAAGUGCGUCGUGCCGACCUUCAAGUCCAGCCGCAAGUCGUUGAUGAAGUCCGUGGACGGCGCCUACUACCGACACCUGCUUCAACAGGAGAUCCCGAUCACCCACCAGCUCCCUGGUCUGCCCCAACGUAGACAACGCUCCAGUGCAUCUCAUCGCGCUAAGGCCACGGCGAAGUUCGUGAAGUCUUUGGGGCUCCACGACCUUCGUCACCCCGCCCAGAGCCCCGAUCUCAACCCAAUUGGGAACGUGUGGGCGAUCAUAAAGCGGGAGCUGAAUCGACGUCAUGUGCCUGUGGCGAGGCUGCGACACGGCGAAACCCGCCGCAUCAAGCGCGACUCGGUCGGCCUGCUACUGCGUCGGCUUGCGCAGGGUAGUCAGCGCCACGAGCAGCUCCGCUUCGAAGUCGACGGCCUUGGUCUGGGCCCGUGCGAGGUGCUGGCGAACGACACGCGCGGCCGAUCCCGGAAAUCGAAGGCCGCGGAGAUGCGGGACCUUCGCGAUGAGCUUCCCAGAUGUCUUGGCUAG